UUAUUAUUUUUUAUUUUUUAAUAUUACAUAUCAAAAAAGGAAAGAAAAAAAAACGAAUUGACCCGGUCCGAUUUAAUCAGGUCAGUUGGUGACUCUUCCGCACACCACCGAGCCGGGGUCUUAGUCCUACACCUGUGAAAAUAAAUAGCGCAAAAAGUUCUUAAAUCGGAGAUUUGCCAUUUCGAUGUAUUUGUAUUUUGUAGUCACCUCCUCUAAUUUUCCUUAAAAUUAAAAGAGAGAAAAGAAAACUUAAAUUCUUCUUCUUCUUCACGACGUCUCCUCCUGUGCAGCUCAGUGUCCCCGCUGCGUCUCUCCGAUUCACGCUGCUGGCUUUGUCCUGAGUUUCUUUUAUUGGUUUACUUCAGCUCAAUUUGAUUAAUUUUCUUUUUGGUCUGAUUUUAUAAAAGAUGAAAAUACAUUGCAUGGAAGUAAGUAAUUAAUUAUAUGGACGACUAAAAUUCAAAGAUGCAGUCAACUUUUAUUGGUGGUUUGUUCGAAUUAAAAAGCAUCAAACCAAUUCGGUUCGAUUGAUUCAAACCUUAUAAAUUAGGGUUUUUUCAUUAUUCAACCCACGUCCUUGCCGUCCAGUGUGCCAGGCCGGUGCUCACACGAACUCGAAAAGAAGAAAAGUUAAGAAGAAGCCAACCUGAGUAGCCCCUUUCCUGGGAUCUGAAGUUUAGGUUGGAAUAAAAUGAAUGAGACUAUGAGACAAUUUCAACAAAGCUUAAUAGAGCUAGAAGCUGAAGCUGAACGUCUCCUCCUAGCCCGCAAUGAAUUGGUUGAAAACGAUAGAGUGAGGAAUGGGAAUAGAGAAGCAUUGACUGCUUUGAGGAGGCGAGCGAGGACGACAAAGUCUAGUGUUCCAUCGUCUUUUGAGUCAAUAAUGAAGGAGGUGGGGGGUGCUGAAUCAAGGCCGCUAGUGAAGGAGAUUUGCACUACCUGUGGAAAUCAUGAUUCUAAUGAGCGCACUUGGAUGAUGUUCCCAGGAACUGAUGUGUUCGCCAGGGUACCGUUUCAUGCUGCCCAUACAAUCCUGGAGACAGAUCAGUCGAAACUUGAUUUUGAGGCAAAGAAAUUACAGAGUUACGUAAAAGAUCAGUCCCUUCUGAUUUCAGAAAAAGGUGCCCUAGCUGACAAGAUCAGUCCAGGGGUGCUCAAGGCAAUGGUGACAUUGACAGACAAACCCAAAUGAUUUUGCCCAUCUAUUCCAAUAUGAAUGAGGAGGUGGGAAUUGAGCUCAACCAGGACCUUUGUUGCUGUGACUUGGGAUGGAUCACCGAUUCAGGUUCUCAUUCAAGUGUUGAAAACUGACCCAAGUACAUUCUUUUACACUUCUUACUGUAUUUGACAAAUCAUUUAGUUGUCCAUGCUGGGUAGCCUUGGAAUAGAUAAGAAUACCUCCAAGUCUUGAAUUUUACAUCCAGCUCUAUUUUUGGUACUCUACUAGCAUGUAAGAAUUUAGUCUAGCUGAUGGGAUUGUGGACUUCUCUGAUUGUCUUGUGAAUACAUUUGGAUUUUGUUUAAUUUUAAAUGCUUUUGAGAAGCUUGUUUAAGAAAAGAAAA